AUGAGAAAUUUAGACUUCAGGAACGACGACUUUAAUUCUCUGAACGUUCUCAGUGUGUCGUCAUUGUCAGUAAUGAUGAUGAUGACACCCGCGUUCUCACUGCUCACAUCAAUCCAUCACUGGCAACUUUUCGUUUCUCUCAGUGAUGAAUUUCUUUUCCUUCAACAAGCAACUCAACCGUUUCUUUCAGCCACCAUAUGGUACACAAUGAAUAAUUAA